AUGGAGCCUCUUUCAGAUCCCAAACACGACAGAGUUGUUACCUCUGUGCAGCCACCGCCAGCGAAACCCCUAUCCGAGUCCGUUCUCUAUCCCCGGGGCCAAGACAACCCGCCCGACUGGAGGGAGCUGCGCGCCCACUUGCAGCGCGAAGGUCGUGUAUGGAAGGAGGACUGCUUGGAAAUCAUCCGCAAAGUAACAGAAAUCACGAGCAACGAGCCAAACCUGCUCCGGCUCAGCGACCCCAUCACCGUGGUGGGAGAUAUUCAUGGUCAAUACUACGAUUUGCUAAAGCUUCUCGAUGUUGGAGGCGAUCCGGACACCACACAGUACCUAUUUCUGGGGGACUAUGUGGAUCGAGGCAUCAUCAAUGGCAAGUUUCUCGCGCUCCAUGGGGGCCUCAGCCCAGAGCUGAAAGUGCUGAGUCAGAUAGGAGGCAUUAACAGAUUUCAGGAACCUCCACGCGGGGGACUGUUCUGCGAUUUGCUGUGGGCGGAUCCCUUGGAUGAAACUAAGGAAGACAGCGGGAUGCAGCUCGCUCAGGGAUCGGAUGGUGCCUUUAUUCCGAAUGACGUGAGGGGCUGCUCCUUCUUCUUUGCAUACACUGCAGCCAGUUCCUUUCUGGACCGAAACGGUCUACUCUCAGUCUUGAGAGCCCAUGAAGCCCAGCUCGAGGGCUAUAAAAUGCAUCAGACAAACUCUAAAACAGGCUUUCCCACGGUGAUAACGAUAUUUUCUGCACCCAACUACUGUGAUGUGUACAACAACAAAGGUGCUGUUCUAAAGUUUGAGAAUAACACACUGAACAUUCAGCAGUUCAAUUACAGCCCUCACCCGUAUCACCUUCCGAACUUCAUGGAUAUCUUUACCUGGUCGAUUCCCUUCGUAUCGGAAAAAGUAACGGAGAUGCUUUAUGGUAUCCUGAACCCGUCGUUAGAAGAAGGAGAAGAUGACGAGGAAAUCGACAGCAUUGAGCUGCCCCCUGAGAUAGUAAAGAUCAUGCAUGCGAACAUCGUACUGGCUGAUGAAAGCCCUGCUCCACGAAGCCGGCCACCAAGCGCUGGAACACCCAUUAGCCGUGAGCGUGCGGAGGCACUCCGGCGAAAGGUUCAGUCUGUUGGCCGUCUGAUGCGUGUCUUCAAGACCAUAAGGGAAGAGAAUGAACUGAUCAUGCAGCUCAAGGGCUGCACACCGGGCGACCGGAUACCAGUAGGGCUCCUUAUCCAGGGACGGCAGGGUCUUCAAAACGAGCUAGAAAAGUUUCAGAAUGCUAAGCAAAUCGACGCGAUGAACGAAAGGCGGCCCGAUGGGGCGUCCAAGCGUUGA